CAUGGAGCCGACAAUGAGGCAAGCAUUGGAGAGCCAGAGACGAGGGUCAAAUUCAGACCGAAAAGUUCCAACGAGGCGACGCAGAGAAAGCUGCUCCACCAUGGCUGAGGAUCCCAAACGAGGCUGCCGUCGCCUCGAGACGACCGCCGCUUUAUCCUGGUGGUGGGUCUGCUCUGUUGAAAAGAGUGGCAUUGUCACGAUAGGAAGCCAGCCCGGGCGUCUUGGCGGUAUACAUGGCAUCGCCAGCUCUGCAACAUGAGCCCCAUCUUGGACGUCGACAGCGGCAUCGGCAUCGACAUCGGCGUCGACUCUGCCAAUGGCAUCACAUCACGGGAAAUGAGGCCCAGCCAGCCCGCCAGCCUCCCUUGCGCCAACAGCGUGCUGCAGCAGCUCCAUGCUACAUUCACACGCCGCGCGGCGGCUGCAAAAGCCAGGGUUGUUGGUCUUUGGUGAUGCUGCGUACAUCCGCCUUCCUUUUCCCAGGCAUGCACACUCGGUCCUUGCCAACACUGCAGGUCUGUGUGGGCAGGAUACUCCGAGACAGCAGGCCAAGUACCGCGCGUAUCCCGGGCCGAGACGAGGACACAAGAAGGACCACAUCUGCCGACCCUCAUGCGGCUCGUGUCAUAUUAGGGACACGCCAACAAACACCGAAAGGAGCAGCCUUCCCGAGACCCCGGUGCUGACGCAUCUGGCAAGCACGAAGCCGGGCCUGCCUGCCUGCCGCAUCCAGCCUUGUCUUGACAAACGGCAUGCUGCUCGCCCUUUGCUUCUUGGCAGAUUUUUCGAGUGGGGGGGGC